AGUGAUUCUGAUCCGUACAUGACCACUGUUCCCGCUGUGGAGAAUUACCACAACACGUACACCUUCACAACAGUAGACCUGCAGGGACCCGGCACACAUGUCCGCAAGCUCUGCAUCGUGUCACAGGUAACAUCUGGGUUUGAGUUGGAUGAUUCCCCUUUGGACCCUUCCAUCGUUUGGACGCCGAUUCUGCAGAGCGGCUACUCAACCGGCUGUACUGACAUUACUGAAGACAGCCAUACACUCAUUCACACUGAUCCAACAGCUGUGUAUGAUAUUGUCGUCAGCGGCUCCUCUGACCAAGAGACUUACGGCUUCCAUGGAGGUCAAUUGAAACCUUGUCCCCCGGAUCCACCACCCCCCAGGGACUGCGCAGACUGGUUCGCGAAGGGGUCCCGAGAUGACGGCAUCUACACGGUGGACGACCCGCCGUUUAACGUCUGGUGCGAUAUGGACCCGUUUGGAUGCGGUGGGACCGUCAUUCAACGCCGCACAUCCGGCUCUUUGGACUUCGAGAGGGAGUGGAGUGACUACGAGAACGGCUUCGGGGACUUAGAUGGAGAGAUGUGGCUGGGGCUGAAGAACAUCAGUGUCAUCUCCUCCAGAAGGAAUCACAUGCUCCACAUCCUUCUGGAAGACUGGGACGGUGUGACGGCUCACGCCAGCUACUCCGUGUUCUCUGUUGGAACAGAGGACACCAACUACGAGUUGACGAUUGACGCAUACGCCGGUAACGCUGGAGAUAGCAUGGGCCCGGUGGGACGCUAUGACUCCAGUGGAAAGAUGUUCACUACUACAGACCGCAAAAACGACGACAACGGCGUCUUCAACUGUGCGGAGGCGUACAGCGGGGGCGGAUGGUGGUAUCCCCCAGGAUGUGGAUAUGCCUACCUGAACGGGAAGUACCUGCGUGACUGCAAUCCCCACUGUGACCCGUCGCAGGGCGUGGUGUGGCAGACGUGGAGGGGCGCGGGCUAUUCUCUGCGGAGGACUCUCAUGGUCAUCAGACCCCAAGGUUGGCACUGCAUACUUCAUACUUCAUUCUCUCUCACAGAGCCUCUCGCGGGGCCUAUACAAUGUAUCUUGGGAGCUCCGGAGGCUCUAUCGGGCUGA